AUGGUCGUGGACACAACGUACUACGAUGCGCUCGGCGUAAAGACCGAUGCCACCGAGUUGGAGAUCAAGAAGGCGUACCGCAAACUUGCGAUCAUAACACAUCCAGAUAAAAACCCCGGCGACGAUACCGCACACGAGAAGUUUCAGGCUAUCGGCGAGGCAUACCAGGUACUCAGCAACACCGAUCUGCGCAAGCAAUAUGACAAGUUUGGCAAGGACCAUGCGCAGCCCUCAGAGGGAUUUGCGGAUCCCGCUGAGUUCUUUGGUACGAUAUUCGGCGGUGAGGCUUUCGUGGAUUUGAUCGGCGAGAUCUCUCUCAUGAAGGAUCUGACCAAGACGAUGGAUAUCACAAUGCAGGAGGGUGCCGAAGAAGAGGAGGAGGAGUUUCCUGGUGAGGCAGAGGCUAAGAAGCAGAGUCUCGCAGACGAGAAGGCUAAAGCUGCUGCGUCUGGUGGUGAGGGUUCAAAGCCAUUUGUUCCUGCACCAAGCGUUGCGGAAUCGACGGACUCUACUUUCUCAACAGCCAGUACUGCGGUCCCAUCUGAGAAGCCAAGUGUGAGCCCAGCUACGUCCGGAACGUCGACUCCUCGAAGACAGCAGGGUAUUCCGUUAAGACAGGCUAUUAUGGACAAGACCGAGGAGGAUGCACAGAUGUCUGCUGCGGGGUUGACAGAGGAGGAAAAGGAGCUGCGAAAGAAGGAGAAGAAGAAGGCUGGUCUUUCCAAGGCACAGCGCGAGGAGCUGGCUGCUUACGAGAAGGAGCGAGCUCGUGUGCGACAAGAGCGUGUUGAUACCCUGGCUAAGAAGCUCAUUGACCGAAUUAGUAUAUGGACAGAGACAGACAAAGGCCCAGACGUGACCAAAGCUUUUCAAGAGAAGACCAGACUGGAGGUUGAGAACCUGAAGAUGGAAUCUUUCGGUUUGGACAUUCUCCACGCCAUCGGCACAACCUAUCUCCAGAAAUCAACAGCGCUCCUGAAAUCACAGAAGUUUCUAGGUAUCGGUGGAUUCUUCUCAAGACUAAAGGACAAAGGAACACUUGCCAAGGAGACAUGGAACACGAUAUCUAGUGCUAUUGAUGCCCAGAUGACCAUGGAGGAGAUGGCAAAGAUGGAGGAGAAGGGAGGUGAGGACUGGACUGAUGAAAAGAAGAGCGAGUAUGAGCGCCGUGUCACAGGCAAGAUUCUCAAUGCUGCGUGGAGAGGAAGCAAAUUUGAGAUUCAGAGUGUCCUGCGGGAUGUUUGUGACGAGGUUCUGAACGACAAGAAGGUUUCUAUGGCUAAGAGAUUGGAGCGUGCUCAAGCUCUUGUUAUCGCUGGAGAGAUCUAUCAGAAGGCUAAGCGUAAUCCGGAGGAAGAGGGUGAUUACAUGGCAUUCGAACAACUCGUUGCCGAAGCAGCCGCCAAGAAGGAACACAAGAAGAAGACGAAGGACAAGAAGCCCGACGCUAAAGAUAACCACUCUGCAGCUGAGAACGUUGCUGCAGAUGCCCCUAAUGUCCCUAAGCCAGCCAAGGAAUAA